AACUUCUCGAUCAUCAACUCGAACGGCGAAGGGAAUAACACGCGCUCGACUCAAAUCAUUCCUUAUUCGGGAGGCGCAUUGGAAGGUUUCCAGACUGUCCUUGGGGCUGCCGACCGGCUUUGUCUCCCUAUUCACCGCUGAGCGGGCAUCUUACAGUCAACAUUUACACAACUAUCUCCACAACAAUACACGGUCGACAUUAUGAACGAUACGUCCCUCCCUUGUCUUCCUCUUGAGCUCAAGUAUGAAAUCAUUUCUUACAUGGAUAAGGACACACUGGUAGCAGCUGCUCGAACUUGUUUUGCUCUGAGUCAAGAAGCCGAGCGUUACCUCUACCAGGAUGUAAAGCUGUCGAACAAACAGAUAGAGAAAUUUUUUAAAUCACUUUCCCGGUGCAACUCGAGAGCUUCGUUAGUUCGAAAAUGCACUAUCGUUGGCUUUGGCCAAGAUGAUCGGAGAUUCAUCAACCAAGUGCUGGUCGCCCUUCACAACCUCCGAUCUCUCGCAAUUAUCCCUCCGCCCCUCGAGGAAGCACCUGGAAAUGAUAUGGUCUUCAGCUGGAGCUCUCUUCUUGAUGGGUGCGAAUUUAAGCUGGUUGAAUUUAUCACCAGUUUGGAAUGCGAUCUUUCUAUGGUCGAAUUUCUCCACAGGCAGUCCCAAAUCCAGAAAUACAUUCAUUCCGGCUAUACAAUCACCGACACACAUUCCGCUCUGCAUCCACUUACUCUUCCUUCUCUGACUCACUUUUAUGGAAAUAUUAUGGACAUCGAUAUGAUUGUCCCUCACCGUCCCGUCACCCACGUCACCGUGGAUGAGACAGUGGCUACUAUCGGCCUGCCUUUGUUCAUUCUUCAACCACUCGCCGCUUCGAAGGGUCCAGUCAAGUACUUGUCGCUGAGUCUCUGCGACAUGGCGACGGCUUCUGUCCUAUCUCUCAUCUACCCAUAUACCCCACAUCUCAUUGGACUCAGCCUUUCAUACCCUCGCGAUGUUUUUAGCCUCGAAGCCGAACUUGACUGGGCCGAUGCUCUGGCCAAAUUCCGCAACCUCAAAUACCUGGAGAUCGAAGUUUCCUUAGAUUCCUCCGGAGAAUCGAAAGAUAUCCCCUUCGACUGUCAGAAAGAACUUGUGCAUACGUGGCAUGACGCUUGCCCCUCUUUGCAAUCGGUGUCAUUUGGAUCGCAAUUGCAAGAAGAGACGGAGUUUGGAUUGGAGAUGAACGUUGGUGCCAUGAUCAGUAGCUGGGAAAAGGAGAAGGGGAACUGGGUUCGCAUGGAUAUGCGACGGGAUGAUCUUUGUUGGCGUUGGUAGUGUUGGUGGUGCAGUACAAUCUAAUGAUUUCACUCUUUCUUCAUCAUGCCUCUUCGUAUACUCGCUGUUUACCCUUAAGACCCUAAGACGGGGAUUUUCGUUAACUCAUAAUUGUAAACUUGUCUCAACAUCCUUCUAUCAACUACAUUGUUUUCAUAUUUUUGUGUCAUCCGGUUUGUAGCAUUCUAGCCACUGCCUCUAAUAAC